ACAACUCACUCCUCACCCUUUCUUUUUUGCCACUUUCCUUUUUAGCCACUUUUUCUCUCCUCACUCCUUUAUCUUCAAACACUCUGCUCUCUCCAAGUAGUUUAAAUUCACUACAAUUUUAUGUGCAAUGUUUUUAAAAGCAUCCGCAUCUUCCGUAGCUCGUUAGUGCAUCUGUUUUCUCGCUCGUUGGCACUUUCAGUAAGGACGUUUAUGAAUCACGUUAAAAAUCUGGCUUGCUCUUUCGCUUGAAUCUCAUAAACACCUCGCAAAACCAUGGCAAUUGCAGCUUCUAAGUGCCUCUUCCUUUUCUUCCUUUCUCUCCUCUCUUGUUGUUCAUCAGGAACUCUGGUGGGGUUUUCAUAUCAUGCAAGUGGAAACACUACAACUUCAUCACCAGUCAGAACAAUAUCAUUCCUGAAGCAGAACAAGAUCAACCUGUCUCAGAUUCGAGUCUUUGUCGAAGAUCCUAGGGUUUUAAGCACUCUGUCCAAAACCGGCGUAGCUGUUGAUCUCUACUUGAAUGAGAGGCAGGUUGAAAAUCUGAUGAGCUCCAAAUCUUCCUCAAAAUCAUGGCUCAAAACCCACACAAUGCCCUUCUUCUCAAAAGCAGAUAUCAAAAGCAUCAUAGCAAUUGGUGGCAGUGAUCAUACAAGAAAAUCUAAGCUACCUAGGGUUUUAUCCAACCUCAAAACCCUACACAAGGUCCUCACUAGUCUUCCUUUCGACCGAAGAAUUAAGGUCUCGGUAGCAUUUUCUCUGCCAUUUCUUGAGAAUUUGAGAAGAGGAAAUGGAAAAGACCUGCACAGGAUCUGUAGUUUUAUUAAUGAAGUGAGAUCUUCUGUCAUAGUAGAAGCCAAUGUCGACGGAGAAUUGAACAUGGGAGAUAGGUUUGUUCAGUCAGUGAUCGAAAAAGCCGGCCUUGCUCAUUCUGUUCUUCCUUGUAAUGCUGUCCCCAUGGUUUUGACAAUCAAGAGUCCAGCAGCUCCCAGCGCAACUGAAGUGGCUGAGUUCACAGAUAAGGUUUCAAAAGCUUUAGAAAGCGAGACUCGGAUUACAAGUAGGCUAGUAGGGUUAUACGCAGAAGUAGAUUCCAUGGAAGAUUUUGCGCAAAAAGAGCUCAAGAGGGAAGAGGAACAGAUCCUUCCUUCUUCUAGAAGAGAAAUCCUAAGCGAUCCCCACCCGAAAACAACUUCACAUGAUGUAUAUGGCUCACCAACAAUCUUCCCUACAAAUCCAACAACACCAGCAGUACCUACAACUUCUCCAUACACCUCUUCCCCAACCACUGUCACUGUCCCGGCUACAAACCCGGUAACAGUAACUCCGGUUAACCCCGCUGCGCCUGUGGAAGUUCCCUCCACCACACCCAUCAUUCUUCCCCCCUCAAACCCUGUGAGUUCAUCAGUGCCAGUCACCAAUCCAGCCACAACUCCAACAAUAACUAACCCUGCGACAACUUACCCGCCGCCAACUGGAGGUGUUCCCUCCACAACAACACCUGUCACGAAUCCGGUCACACCUCCUUCAACAACUAACGCUCCUGCAGUUCCAGGGCAGAGUUGGUGUGUGGCAAAGAGUGGAGCACCACAAGCAGCACUUCAGGCAGCUUUGGAUUAUGCAUGUGGAAUGGGAAGCGCAGAUUGCUCACAGAUCCAGCAGGGUGGGAGCUGCUACAAUCCAAUUUCUCUGCAAAAUCAUGCCUCCUUUGCCUUCAACAGCUACUAUCAGAAGAAUCCUGUGUCAACUAGCUGUGACUUUGGAGGGGUUGCCACAAUAGUUAGUGCUAAUCCAAGCACUGGUUCCUGCAUUUAUGCAUCAUCAUCAUCAACAACACCAACUCCGAAUCCGGCAUCAACAAAUCCACCACCAACAUCAACAAUUCCACCACCAACGUCAACAAUUCCACCACCAACGUCAACAACUCCGCCAGCAAUCACAACAUUUCCACCACCUGGGGAAGGUGUAUCAGGCUCUGGUACUCCGCCUUCAGUUUUGAACUCAAGCAACCCGGCUAAUUCAGGAACCAUGCCAGAACUUGGGCCCUACACCCCUCCCGGUUUCAACACAACAACAUCCACUUCAGCUAGCUUGCAACCGUCUUUUGGUUGCAUCUUUUUCGUAGCAACCUUAGUUACAAGAAUUUUUUUUCUUAACAUGUGAAAAUGGAACUUCUCCUUGGGUGAUCAGAUUCCUCAUAAACUCGUUUUCUCAUCACUAAUUGCGGUUGUACAUAACUACAUAUGCAAGCUAAGAAGCUAGAGGAAACAUGAUAGGUACUGUCUUGCAUUAGGUUGGGGAUGCAGAGUUGUUCUGGGUGAAGUGGAGGUAAGCUUUUCGACAUGUAAACCCGGGAUGUUAGAAACAACAAUUUUACUCUGAGUCUGAGGUGGAGAGUGCAGUAGAGAUUUGUGAUUCUGUAUCUUUUAGUUGGGUAUUGUAGUUCUGCGUGCUGAGCUCUUCCUAAUAGAAUUAAACUUCAGAUUGCUUCAGAUAUUAAUAGUAAAGUUGCACGAACAGAAAAUUCUGCUA